ACAAUCGUCCGUUCGAUUGUCAUUUAGGUUAUCUUUUUUGUGUGGUGAGUUCGAAAAAGCAGCAAAUUUAAACGAAGCUGCCAAAAAAUAAAUACUCGCCCGGUGCGUGUUUCCAUCAUGAUCAGAUAUCUGGCACAAAAAAAUGGAUUAGCUCGGGUAAAUCGUGCAGUACUUGUGCGACUAUAUCUAUGCAAUCAACAACAAUAUCAGCAAUAUAAAUUCACACAUACAGCUUACCCACCGAAACCAAAAAAACCAAAUCCAGCAGGCGGUUUACUGGUCACUUUUGGUGCAAUUACCUUGGUUGGAGGAUUGACACUUGUUUAUGCCAAGAGAGAUCCUGAAUUUCGAGAAUGGCUUGCAAGAAAUGUGCCAGUUACAGACAGUAUAAUCCGGUUCAUGUACCAAGAGGAUUAUACAUAUCAGGACAGUGUACUGAAUGCCUUAGGUAGUUCUAAAGAUUUUAUGCUGGAAUUAUUUUCUUCAAAAAAAUCUGAUGAAGAAAAACGGUUAGAGAAAGAUCGAUGUGAUAUUGUUGAUCCUAAUGCAGAUGAGUACAGAGCACCUCGUCCAGCUUUCAAGCCUUUGCUGGAGAAACCCACCCCUCCUGAAAAAUUUACUGAAAUUAGAAAUAUUGAAGGGGACAACGUUCAUUUAGUUGACAAUAUAAUACAACAUACAGACGGCAAAGCACCAAGUGGCAGGACUGAUGGACCAACUAAAAAGACCAUUGCUCAACUGGAAGAUGCAAUCAAAAAUGCUUCCGAAGUGGCUGUGCCAGCUUAUGCAAAAGCUACUUGCACUCUGAAGGAUUAUAUGGAUCAAGUAGACGUCAUUAUCGAGAGUUCUAUUGAGAUGCAUAAUCCACAAACAUGGGGUGUUCUGCGUCAAAGAAGUGAACAAAAAGCUAAAUGCAUAGAAGCCGCGGAAGCAGCUGCAAAUGAGGCCAUUGAAAAUUUGAAUAAAAUGCGUGGCGCUUUGGAGUCGGACAUCGACGCACCUAAGGCUGCUAUUGAUCAAGCACAUAGAAAUUUGGACCGGGUAUUAUUCGAUAUAAAGCAAGCUAAACAAGCAUACCUUGAAGAAAAAGAAAAAUGCGAUCUUACAGAGAGAUAUUGGAAAAAGAUUGAACAAGCCAGAAGUUACUUCUUAGAAGAAAUUGAAACACUGUUUCCUGGUACAAACAUCUGUGAGCGCAGAUUUAAGUUGGAGGGUUCAACAGACUUAGAUCUAUUUUUACUGCAUGUGAUGUCUCAUGUGAUUUUCUAUCAGAAAGAAUUAGCAAAAAUGCAAACCAUCAUGGAUAGCCGUAUGAACCAGGCCUUAGCAUUAGCUAGGACAUGUAAUCCAGAAGAACUCAAAGAGGUAGUAAUUGAAAAGAAAUUAGAAGAAGAACGACGGUGCAAGGAUUUGGAAUACCAGAAGAAGGCGCUUUGUCUGCGUGCGGACGGCGAACGCGAUUUGAGGCGCCAAAUGAAACUGCAGGCAGAGGCACAUGCUGAUCACAUUCGAGAUGCAGUAUUACUUAAAGAAAAAGAAAUGGAACGCAAAGCUCAAAGGUUAUUAGAUGAAAGGCUAGCAGCAGAGAAAGAAGAAUACAAACUUCAGCUUGCUGCUAUGGUUGGAAGGCUACGUGGUGUUGAUAGUGCACUUAAAGCUCGAGCAAAAGCAGAUUCAAGUGCACAGCAGGCACAAGCCUUAUGGGGUGCUUGUCAAGCACUUUUAGCAGCCAUAAAAGCGAACACUCCGUGUGUGCCAUGGGAUAAGCAACUUAGGCCAUUAACCCCAGAGAUCAAUGCGAUCGAGCAGGUCACUGCUGGAUCAGAUGAACUAAUAGAAUCAGUUGUAAAUGGAAUUCCUAAAGAAGCAAAACGCCGUGGAGUAUAUUCUGAGGAUGCUUUGCGUGAGAGAUUUUUGAAGGUCGAACGCGUAGCUCGCAGACUUGCCUUAGUGCCAGAAGGAGGUGCACGUCUCCCUGUCUAUUUGCUUUCAUAUUUGCAAAGUGCAGUUCUCAUGUCUACACACAACCCUAUGCCUGCCAGUGAAUUAUUAGAUCAACGUACUGAUUUUAGUCAAAUGGACACAUAUGAAAUUCUUGCUAGAGCCAGGUAUUGGCUGGACCGUGGCGAUUUCACUCAAACCCUGCGUUACAUGAACUUACUGAAGGGUGCUGCCCGAACUGUAUCCAGUGAAUGGCUCUAUGAAACUCGACUGAUGUUAGAAACACAGCAAGCUGCGCAGGCACUGAUGGCUCAUGCGCAGGCACAAGGCCUCAUGUAUUUGCAGUAAUCUGUAAAAUUCGGUAAGACCAGGACAAAUAACUAAAACCUGAUCUUUACACCUGAAAUUGUAACUGUAACAGCUGACAAUAUUGCAGCCUUCGGUCCAAUGAUAAAAAUGUUUUAAUGAAGAUUUUAUAUAAGGACUUGUAUAUUAAUGUG